UACCGUACGUCUGGGUCUUUCACGUCAUCACGUCACUGCGUGCUGACGUCAAACGGAAAUUUGCAGCAGCAAUUCUUUCUAGAAAUCGGUAGCAGUUUUGCGGUAGUCCUUUCUGGGUGUGUUAGUCUCAGUUAUUCUUGGCCAAUACCACAAGCCCCUAACUUGAACGCAAAAACAUAUUUGUACAAAGUGCUACGUUCUUGACUUGACUUAAUUGAGGUAGCGGGUUAGCUACGUUUAGCCCACUAACUUAGCCGAGUCAUAUUCCAAGCUAACGCUGCUUGCGUUGUUGGGUUUCUUGCUGGCACAAUGUCUAGGAUAGAUUACAGCGUUUGGGACCAUAUUGAGGUGUCUGACGAUGAAGAUGACACCCACCCAAACAUCGACACACCGAGCCUCUUCAGAUGGAGACACCAGGCACGUGUGGAGCGGAUGGAAGACUUUCAGAAAAGAGGUGAAGAUAUGAACAAGACUCUCGGUGAAACCCGGCGUAAGCUGGCUGAAGCACAGAAGAAGGUGCAAGAACUUACCAUCUCUAAAACGGAUGAUGCCAAGGCAGAGCUGAGCAAAGCCCUGUCUGAGGAGAAGAAACUGAAAAAAGAGGAACGGGAGCAGGAGAAGAAGAUGGUUGAACACAACCGGGAUGAGAAGAGGAUGCCAUGGAAUGUGGACACCCUCAGCAAAGAUGGUUUUAGUAAGAGCAUUGUUAAUAAAGUACCUGAAAAUGUUGAGGAGACCGAAGAACAGAAGGAGCAGAAGCAUAAAACCUUUGUGGAGAAAUAUGAGAAGGAGAUUAAACACUUUGGCAUGAUGCGACGUUGGGAUGACAGCCAGAAGUACCUCUCUGACAACCCUCAUCUAGUAUGUGAAGAGACUGCAAACUACCUGGUCAUCAUGUGUAUUGACAUCGAAGUUGAGGAGAAACAUGCAUUGAUGGAGCAGGUGGCUCAUCAGACCAUCGUCAUGCAGUUCAUUCUGGAGUUGGCAAAAAGCCUCAAGGUGGACCCACGAGGCUGCUUCCGCCAAUUUUUUUCCAAGAUUAAGACAGCAGAUCAGCAGUAUCAGGAUGCUUUCAAUGAUGAGCUGGAGUCAUUUAAGACACGGGUUCGGGGCAGAGCGAAGAUCCGCAUAGAAAAGGCCAUGAAGGAAUAUGAGGAAGAGGAGCGACAAAAGCGCAUCGGACCUGGAGGGCUUGAUCCAGUUGAAGUGUACGAGACCCUGCCACAGGAGAUGAAGAACUGCUUCGAUGAGAAGGACAUUGGAAUGCUACAAGAGGUUAUAAGUAAAAUGGAUCCAACAGAGGCAAAGAUUCACAUGAAGAGAUGUAUAGACUCUGGUCUCUGGGUCCCAAACUCCAGGGUGGACGAUGGGGAAGAAAAAGGAGAUGAAAAAGAGGAUGAUGCUACCUACGAGGAGGUGAAACAGGAGCAGGAAGAAACCAAGAAGGAAUGACCUACAUUGAUCAUAUGAAAAUGUACUUGCGCAUUGUAUUGCAACCUCCCCCUGUAUGACUAGUUUGCCAAUCAUGGAACAAUGAAAUAUCUUCUCUUAAGUAUUUAGCUGAGGCUAAGAGGUUUAGCAUUCACUUAACAGCACAAAUAGUCUCCAUCAAUAACUGCUGAUUUGAUUCAAACAGAUGCUUGUGUUUUUAGGUGUUUUAUUUGUUUCAACAUCACUAAAGCUGUAUUCUUACAUUUAUUUGUAUUCACCUGUUAAUUUGCGUGGGAGUUCAUGUGCACACUCUGCUGCAGUCUUCAUUUGUGCUGUUGUAAAGUUGGAUUACAUUUUUAGAUUUCAUGUAUCAUUUCCCUCUUUUUAUUAUUUAGGGAUUUAAGAUUUUUGUUUGUCUUUAGGGGCUUUUCGCAACUGAUGUAUCAACAUGGUUAUUUCCCAACAACAGACUUUUUCUACAAACUUUCUCAACUGAAGGUUGAAUUAUAUCCAAAUAGUCAAGAACAGGGUUCUGUGAUUAUGUCUAUGGACUUAAGGUGUAGGUGUCAUGCUUAACAAAUUAUCGGGUCAAAAAUGUGAGUUGCAAGAAAGAAAAUCCAUGAUCUGGAGCAAGUGCAUCUAUGCAUGGGUGCAAUUGAAGCAUUUGGUCUACAAAAGUAUAACUCUGGCUGUAUAGACUGUGCAUUGAUUGCUCUCUGAAUAUAAUUAUUUCAUGCAAAGCUACAUAAGAGAAUUAUAGGUCAAAAUGGAACGUUUUUAGAGAAGAAUUCAGCAUGCAAAAGGCACCCCUGUUUGGUGCUUUCUAUGAAUGUCUUAAAAGGUAUCCAAGGCAAAAGAUUAGGUAGAUUAUUUUCAACAACUAAACCAUUUAAAGCCAAUGUAAACCAUCCCAUAUUCAAAUGUAUUGCCAAUCUACACAAAUUGGCACCAAUGCUGCUGCCUGAGCUUUGUCCAAGAGGUUUGUGACUGCUUUGAAGAAUAAAACACAACCCCAUUUUA